AAAAAGACACGCUGCGCUCACAGAGUCUCUCCACACGGCUCCAAGCGAGACCCAAAACCAGCAUUUACUUCAAGAUGUCAUCUGGGCACGAACGACCUGAACAAGUCCAUCACGAUGUGAGGACCGCGUGACGUGUCCAAUCCGAGUUGUAGAGUCGAAGAAACCAUUCCAGCCUCCCCUCGGCUGCUUCACUUGUAUCCACUUUGAAAAGCGCCACAUCUUGCGCAGGUGACCAUUUCAAAACACUGACUACAAGAGCGACGGGCGAACGACUCCUGGAUGCCAGACUGAUCAUCUUUUAAAGGCGAAGUUUGUCACCAUGAGUACCGAAAAGAAAGUGGAGGAUGAGGCCGUCUUGGACAGAGGAGCGUCCUUUGUCAAACAUGUCUGCGAUGAAGGGGAAGUGGAAGGUCACCACACUGUGUACAUUGGUGUGCAUGUCCCCAAGAGCUACCACCGCAGGAGACGCCACAGACGCAAGUCUGGCCACAAGGAGAAGCGGGAACGAGCGGAACACAGUUCAGAAGGAUACAAGUCGGACGGGGAGAACGCAGACGAAUUCCCUGCAAGCAUCCUCAAGCCUCUCAUUUCUCCAGCUGAGAGGAUCAGGUUUAUCCUGGGAGAGGAGGACGAUGGCCCCCCACCCCCUCAGCUCUUCACCGAGCUGGACGAGCUCCUCGCCGUGGACGGCCAGGAGAUGGAGUGGACGGAGACAGCCAGAUGGAUCAAGUUUGAGGAGAAGGUGGAGAAGGGUGGCGAGCGCUGGAGCAAGCCUCACGUGGCCACGCUGUCCUUACACAGCUUGAUGGAACUGAAAGGGUGCAUCGAGAAGGGCACCAUCAUGCUGGACCUGGAGGCCUCCACGCUGCCACAGGUUGUUGAGAUGAUCACCGACAGCCAGAUUGAGAGUGGUCAAUUGAAGGCGGACAUGAAGGAGAAGGUCAUGUACACGCUGCUACGGAAGCAUCGUCACCAGACCAAGAAGUCCAACUUGCGCUCCCUUGCUGACAUUGGCAAGAGUGUUUCCAGUGCAAGUAGGCUCUUUACCAACCAGGAGAAUGGUAGCCCGACUACAGCCCACAGAAACCUCACCUCCAACAGCCUGAGUGACUUCUCUGACAAACCAGAGAAGGAUCAGCUGAAGAAUAAGUUCAUGAAAAAAUUGCCCCGUGAUGCAGAGGCAUCAAACGUGCUGGUUGGAGAGGUGGACUUCCUGGAAACUCCCUUUGUGGCGUUUGUUCGUCUGCAGCAGGCCGUCAUGCUCGGGGCUCUGACCGAGGUCCCUGUGCCCACAAGAUUUCUCUUUGUCCUGCUGGGUCCCAAAGGUAAAGCAAAGUCCUAUCAUGAAAUUGGAAGAGCCAUUGCCACCCUGAUGUCAGAUGAGGUGUUCCAUGAUAUUGCCUAUAAAGCGAAGGACAGGCAGGACCUGCUGGCCGGUAUCGAGGAGUUCCUGGAUGAGGUCAUCGUGCUGCCACCCGGAGAGUGGGACCCUGACAUCAGGAUAGAGCCACCCAAGUCUCUGCCCUCCUCAGACAAAAGAAAGCACAUGUAUGCCGGAUCGGAUGCGCCUCAGAUGAACGGCGACACACCCCAUGAUGCGGGACAUGGUGGGGGAGGAGGACACGAGGUCGGAGAGGAGCUUCAGUUCACUAGAAAGUUUUGUGGAGGUCUUGUCCUGGAUGUCAAGCGGAAGCUGCCGUUUUUUGCCAGCGACUUCUAUGAUGCGCUACAUAUCCAGUCUCUGUCGGCCAUCUUGUUCAUCUAUCUGGGCACAGUCACCAAUGCGAUCACGUUUGGAGGCUUACUUGGUGAUGCUACAGAUAGCAUGCAGGGCGUGUUGGAGAGUUUCCUGGGUACAGCACUGACAGGAGCAGUGUUCUGCCUGAUGGCUGGUCAGCCCCUGACGAUUCUCAGCAGCACAGGCCCGGUGCUCGUCUUUGAAAGACUCCUCUUCGUCUUCAGCAAGGACGGCAGAUUGCAGCCAAUCGCCUUCUCGGCAGAGCGGGCGAUACGCUGCAGUCUGGCCUUGUCCUUAGCAGUGGCAGCAGCGUACCAGACGUACUUCACGCGAUUCACCGAGGAAGGCUUCUCCGCGCUCAUCAGCUUCAUCUUCAUCUACGACGCUUUCAAGAAGAUGAUAAAGCUGGCCCACCACAACCCGAUCAACUCCGAUUACGACCCCAACCUUGUCACUUUCUACGACUGCAGCUGCAUGCCUGCUGGAAACUCCUCAGAUCCUCUUGUCUCUGCAUGGACAAACAGUACUGAUCUGUCUGUGAAUGCCACCUGGGCGUCCCUGACCAAGGAGCAGUGUCUGAAGGUUGGGGGGCAGCUGGUGGGAGGGGCCUGUGGCUAUGUGCCUGACAUCACCCUGAUGUCCUUAAUCUUGUUCUUUGGGACCUACACCUGCUCCAUGGGUCUGAAGAAGUUCAAGGCGAGCCGCUUCUUCCCCACCACAGUGAGGAAGCUCAUCAGUGACUUCGCGAUCAUCUUGACCAUUUUCCUCUUCUGUGGCGUGGACGCCUUUGUCGGUGUGGACACUCCGAAGCUCAUAGUGCCAAGCGAAUUCAAGCCCACGAGUCCACUGAGGGGCUGGUUUGUUCCUCCUUUUGGAAGGAACCCUUGGUGGGUGUACCUGGCAGCCACGAUCCCAGCUAUACUGGUCACCAUUCUGAUAUUUAUGGACCAGCAGAUCACCGCUGUGAUUGUCAACCGGAAAGAGCACAAACUCAAGAAAGGAGCAGGGUAUCACUUGGACCUGUUACUGGUUUCCAUCCUGAUAAUUCUCUGCUCUUUCAUGGGCCUGCCGUGGUACGUGGCUGCCACGGUCAUCUCCAUCGCCCACAUUGACUCUCUGAAAAUGGAGACCGAGACGUCUGCCCCCGGGGAGCAGCCUAAAUUCCUGGGUGUCAGGGAGCAAAGAGUCACCGGUAUCUUUGUGUUCCUCCUGACAGGACUCUCUGUCUUCAUGGCCCCGAUCCUAAAGUUCAUUCCCAUGCCUGUGCUCUACGGUGUGUUCCUCUACAUGGGUGUGGCGUCACUCAAUGGUGUCCAGUUCAUGGACCGCCUGCAGCUGCUCCUGAUGCCAGCCAAGCACCAGCCGGACCUGAUCUACCUGCGGCACGUCCCACAGAGACGCAUCCACCUCUUCACCUUCAUCCAGGUCCUGUGUUUGGCCCUCCUCUGGAUCCUCAAGUCCACCGUGGCUGCCAUCAUCUUCCCCGUCAUGAUCUUGGCGUUGGUUGCCGUUCGCAAGGCGAUGGACUGGGUGUUCUCCCAGCACGACCUCAGCUACCUGGACGACGUCAUCCCAGAGAAAGACAAGAAAAAGAAAGAGGAUGAGAAGAAGAAGAAAAACAAGAAGAAGGGAAGCAUAGACAGCGAAAUCGACUUUUCCGACUACCCCUACCAAGAAAAUGUACCCAGUAUAAAAAUCUCUAUGGAUAUAAUGGAGCAGGAGCCCAUGUUGGGUGCUAAAUCUAUGGAUAGAGAUAAAUCCCCGAAUUUCCUUAACCCGCAUUCGUCGUGCUGAGCACUACUUUGAGUCUCCAACAGUGGCAGAGUGAUCUGGACAGGGGUCCACACACAAAAGGUUUGCCUCAGAUUCGAAUAGAAAGGAGCUCUGAGGAUAAAGCUUUCUUCUGGAGGAAGGGCUCCGAAUCAGAUCUGUGAAGACAUUAUCCAAAGAUGCAAGAGAACCAAACACAACAAGGCAAACAUCCUCUUUUGUACUAUCCUACCACUUUGUAACAGUUAUUUUUUUUUUAUAUAUAUAUAUAAUCCCUGUGUGAGGAUUUCAAUCAGAAUGGGUGGAAGUAUUUGUCGUACAAUUGAAACACUUUGGUGGUACUGAAUUUAAUGAGGGCUGACACAGGAUAGGUUUGAGCACUCUUUAUCUGCAGGAGUUAUUGCACAAAAGAAAAGGUCUACGUAAGGUCAUCUGUUUCUGCAGUUUUUAUAGGACAUUAAUAUCUUAUGAAUGUCUAUGCUAAUAAUUUAUAACAAGCGUCCAGCUAAAGAGGUUUUAUCAUAAAAUAUGUCCGGGGUACAGUAAGUUUGUAGAACAAAGAUGUCUUCCAAAUAGCACCAGACAAAGCCAGCCUCUCGCCUGAUAGUACGGUUUUGAAUAACGGUAGUUCUUUUUUAAUGUUCCUUGUGGAGUUUGAAUCAUGACUACUGGAAUGUUAAGAUUAAAACAUAGUGGAGGUACUGCAUUUCCUCCUUUUUACUUAUAAUGAACAAAAGGGCUACAAAAGGUCAUCUAUGCACAGUCGCAUUAAUUUUAUAUGUAUGGGCGUAUAAAUUAUUUAUCAAGCAUCCAUCUAAGGCUGCAUAUUCACAAAACACAUCCAGAAGAGCGUGUGAGAAUACCAUGUUUGUGUCACUAUGGUAAGAAGUAAAUGGCUCAACCAUACAAACUGGAACUUUUUGGAACAUUUUUGUCUAAUUUUUCCUUUUUCUUAUAUUUAUUGUAUUUAAACUCUCUGCAAAUGAAUUUGCUGUUUUAACCGUAUGGCUUUACCAUUUAACUUCCCCAUUUGUGCAAAUUUGAAGAUAUUCUUUCUGUGGUCUGUAUCCACUCCGCUGUCUUUUCCCUGUUUUAGGGAGAUAUAGAUUAUACCUGGAUGUAGCUCUACCUCUUACAUUUCCGUAGGUGCCAGGCAUUAUAUAUUAAACAUCUGUCGUACAAUUGUUUGUGAUCAAACACUGAUUUAUGUUACUCCAACUGGCACUGCGUAGGAUCUCUGAAUCUUCACUUUGAGGUCCUUUUUGCUCUGUGACACUUAAGAUAUUGUAUUUUUUUUUUCUGUUUGUCAAUAUGAAAUAAUUAGGGAUGAUUUUUGCCGUGUUUUAAAAGGUAAUUCCACAAAAAUCGCAUUUUAGAUUUUUAUCCCUAGAACGAUUUUUUGUUUUGUUUUGCGUACCGAAUUUAGGGGCAAAGUGAUGGCCUGUAACGUUCUCACACACUUGACUGUGAACUCAACCCUAAAAGCCUAUUUGAGUUUAACUUUUCUUCUUAAAAUGUGAUCAUGUUUAAAAUCUGAGUACAUAUUUUUUUUAAAUCAUGCUAUGUGUGUGUAUUUUUUUUUUUUUUUUUUUAUGCAAAUCAACAAUCAAUCACUGUGAGGCAAUGAAAUGUUGUGACAUCCAGUCCUGGAAGAACUACUGCUUUAUAGCGUACUGACAAUUGACAUUUUGAUAAGACACUGUCUUUAAUGUAUCAUUAUCUAAAUUCCAUUUAGUGACAGUUUUAUGUCUUAAAUUUUCCUGUAUUAUUUAAACGACUUGAUCAUGCUUCUAUUGCUGAUUGAAGUACACACUGUAACUUAUACUGAUUUAGGAUAUGAAUGCAUAUCUGAAUGUAAUAUCUCAAUCAUUUGAAAUACAUAUAUUCCUUGAAGAAAAGGCCCUGCACAAUCAGCGCUGCUUCUGAUCUGAUUUGUAGUGCAAAAAAAGGGCCAUAAUUAAUGCUUUCACAAUCACGUCAAUAUGCUGUCAAGAUGUGAAGCACAAGAAAGUUGUUUUGAACCAAAAAUCUAAAACCACAUUGUCUUUCGCGCUGUUCUGUGAUCUGUACAUCUUGACUUUUUGACUCUCUGGUUCUGAUUCCACAAUCGAUGUAAUAUUUUUGAACUCUGAAACAAAUUUUAUACAAAGAUCUUAUGUGCUCUAAUAACCAUAGAUUACUCGAAAGAAAGCAAAGGUCUGUUUUUUUUUUUUUUUUUUUUUAAAGGUGUAGUGGUUUGAACGAGCGCAAUAAACAGUCCAAAUGAUUCUUAAACACAUA